AUGGAGAACAAUAUAUUGAGGAGAGUGAGCAGUAUAGUGUACCGAAAUCCGGUUAUAGUUUUUGGUGGUUUAAUACAGUUUGAUAUCAUGCCGAUCACUGACGAGAAGAGUAUGCAAAAUAUGUUCCAGAUUCACCGGCAAACUCAAAUGCGACAGCCACAUAUUGAGUUGUAUGUUGAGUUUGAAGAGGUAGAGGCAGAUGAGAUUGAAAAUGAUUUAGAUAUAGAGGAUGAUAGAGCUGCAAUGUACGAAGGAAUGAAUAGUGACAAUAAAGAGGACUUCGAAGCCACUUAUGAAGCUAGUGAUGAAGACGAGGAUGGUGAUGUGGGAGUCGAAGCAGAAGUGAAGAAUGUGGUGGUUCACCCUGCAGUCAGUCAACCGAUGAACGUCCCACCUUUUAUGCGUAAUUUGGAUCUUGACGUGAUGAAUGCACCAGAAUUUUCGGAAUAUGCAAACAUAGGUGUUGCUGAUCCUGAGGACGGAGAGUUCAGGAUAGGAAUGGAGUAUAGUUCUAGAAAGUCUGUCGUCACAACAAUCAGAAGUUACACUAUCUCUAGAGGAGUCGACUACAAUGUUUAUGAGUCCGAACCAUUGACAUUCUAUGCAAAAUGCAAGUUGUAUGGGCGUGGGUGCGACUGGCUUAUCCGAGCCAGUUUGAUAAGGAAAAAAGGUUGUUGGGAGAUACGGAGAUACAACGGCAGGCACACAUGCACCAUGGGAACGAUUUCACUGGAUCAUUCCAAGUUAGAUUCGGACACAGUUGCUGAGGCUAUAAGGCCGUUGGUUGAGAGUGACCCGUCCAUCAAGGUCAAAUCUAUAAUUGCGGAAGUCCAGUCAAGGUUUAACUACACCAUUAAUUACCGAAAGGCUUGGUUGGCAAAGCAGAAAUCCAUAGCCAAAGUUUUCAGUGGUUGGGAGGAUUCUUAUCAAGCUUUGCCAUGGUGGCUCUCGGUCAUGACUCAGAAGAUGCCUGGCUCAAUAGUCCAAAUAGAAAUACGACCACUGUACAACGGGACUGAGGAGGCGGAUGGUAACAUUGUGCCUAUCGCCUUUGCCCUGGUGGAGGGCGAGACAACUGAUGCGUGGCACUUCUUGCUAAGGAAUCUACGAAGGCAUGAUGUUAGAUCAGACGGUGUAGGUAUGAUCUCAGAUCGACAUGAGUCAAUCCAGGUAGCAGUAAAUCAUUCCGGUGGUGAUUGGCAACCUCCGAGAACAUGGUGGAUGUUUUGUACAAGGUACAUCGGUAGCAACUUCUUAAGGGCAUUCAAAGUACCACACUUGCAAAAACUUGUUGUCAACAUAGGAUAUUCAAGGACAGUGGAGGAGUACAACAUCAAUUACAAGAGGCUGGAAGAGCGAGGCGAGGCAUAUGCCCGGUAG